AUGGUAAAGACCUUCGAGCUCACCACGAGUGAUUUUCCAGCGGCUGUCGACAUGACGCCAAUCGUAAGAGUGAGAUUUCCCGCUCGUCGCUAUAGUUUUGACGGUGACGGAAAUCUUGUCAUAAGACAACAUAAACAACGACGAACUGAACCAAUGGCCCCAGCCAACACCGAUCACGCACAGGAACAAAGCACUCCUGAAGGCUCUGAAGGUUCUGUGACCACCAAUGUCUCCACACGAGAGUAUUUAACGGAGGCUAUUGCGACAUCACUGCGAACCACUUCUUUGCCCUCAGCUGCAGUUGAGCCAAUGGCUAGAACUUUAGCAGCGCUGUCUGGGGACUUGACGACUUUCGACAGAGCUGCGGAGGCACAGCUCGAAACAAUUGAGAUGCCCUCUCCCGCUGUCCGGUCGCUACUGCUGGAAGCUAUUCGAAGCCUUGCACGCGUCGCAAACCUGACCAAUGCAUCGCCUACUGUCAUGGAGGCAGCUAGUGACGGAUCUGCGCUGCGUGCCUUACCCGUGAAUAGUCGACCUUUUAGUUCGAGCUCUGGAAAUGGGUUCACAACAUGGCAGAUCGCCGUCCAAGAGGAAUCCAUACCGCAUCCUCCCACGAACCUGAAGUGCAGCACGGGCCAUCUGUUCAUACAUCGCAAUCCAGAAACAAAAAUGCAGACCUGUUGGAUGUACGGGAAAAGCGGAAAUUGGGAGGUGGUAACUGAGGGCGCAGAGCACCCAUUCAUCCCUGAUCGUAUUCUACACUUCAGGCCCGGCCAUAGCGGCGAGCCCAGCUGGAACACGAGGGCUACGAUGAUGACUACAAGGGCUAGGAAUGAGAAACGGGCAACUCCUGGUCCUCUGAUGUGA